CCUCCACGGGUUUCUCCGGUAGCGCCAAAUGCCGAGGAAAAAGAUGCCAUAUUCCGACCCGACGUCCGGCAGAGAUUUGCUUGGAAGCAGAUCUCUCUGUUUUAUUUUCAUUUGCGCCUUCGGACUGGUCACACUGCUGCAACAAAUUCUCUAUGGGAAAAAUUACAUUAGAAGUGGGCAACAGUUUUCCCGCCUCAAAGGAGAGGAGGUGGGAAAUUGGAGCGGCCCCAUUAAUUACUCCGAUGUCGGAUCACUGAAGCCGGCCAGAAAUGGAAGAAAAAGAUGUGUCCGUCAGAAUUUUCAGACCUCAGACUCUCAGAGCUCCGUAGUUAUCACACCCUGCCUAGCUGAUAUUAAGAAGAAAAAAAAAACGAUGAAAAGGUAUUUGGACACCUCAGAUGGGGCCUUGGAGUUUAACUCCACGGCCUGUCGGGAACUUCGACAGGAAAUCAUAGAUGUCAAAGUGCUGACCAUGGUAAAGACUUCAGAGUUGUUUGAGAGAUGGAGGAACCUGCAGGCGUGUAAGUGGGAACAGAACAAGGUGGAGUCGAGCAACUUUAAGAUGUCUUUGUCCCGGUGCUGUAACGCCCCCUCCUUCCUUUUCACCACGAAGAGGAACACGCCAUCUGGGACAAAGCUCCGUUAUGAAGUCGACACCAGCGGAAUACUACACAUCAGCCCAGAGACCUACAAAAUGUUCCCAGAUGAUAUGCCAUAUUCUAAGUCUCAGUUUAAAAAAUGCGCAGUGAUUGGAAAUGGAGGGAUUAUCAAGAACAGUAAAUGUGGGAAAGAGAUUGACGCUUCAGAUUUUGUCUUCAGGUGCAACAUUCCUCCCAUCUCAGAAAAAUACUCUGAGGAUGUGGGAACCAAAACUGACCUCGUGACCAUCAACCCCAGUAUAAUUACAGAGAGGUUCCAGAAGUUGGAGAAAUGGCGAAAACCAUUCUAUGAUGUUCUGCAGAAUUAUGAGAACGCCUCACUGGUCCUGCCUGCAUUCUACAACACGCGAAACACGGAUGUGUCUUUCCGUGUCAAGUACAUGCUGGAUGAUUUUGAGUCUUCGCGAGGCGUAUUUUUCUUUCACCCUCAGUACCUGCUGAAUGUUCAGCGGUUCUGGACAGUCCAGGGCGUUCGAGCCAAACGCCUCAGUAGUGGACUCAUGCUUGUUACCGCGGCGAUGGAGCUUUGUGAGGAAGUUCACCUUUACGGUUUCUGGGCGUUUCCAAUGAACCCUGCUGGAAUCUUUAUCACACACCAUUACUAUGACAAUGUUAAGCCCCGCCCUGGAUUCCACGCCAUGCCACACGAGAUCUUCAAUUUCUUGCAUAUGCAUGCCCGCGGGAUCCUGCAUGUCCACACGGAUAAGUGCAGGUGA